AUGAGUUAUCGCAAUUUAUAUAAAACUUUAUUCGCUCUUCUUGUUCCUAUAAUUUUAUUUGCGAAUAUGCUUAUAUACAAAGAAAUUGAAUUCAGCAUUGAACGGAUGUGCAAAAAUGGCGAAACCUUUCAUUCAGGAAAUAUUGCAUCAGGCCGUCAAACGAUUUUUAAUCUAUUAGGAGGUGAAAGGUAUUGCUUGGCUGAACGAAAGGCAUUAGCUGCCUUUUCCUUGUUUCUUCUUGUUCGCUUGGCAUCUCAUAAAUUGGAAUCACUUAUGCUUAUGUUUUUUUGGAAAUGUACGAUUAGGAAAUUAAUAAGUGGACAUCGUAUAGGCAUUGGCCCUGGAAUAUUAUUUCUUGUUCGAGAAUUGUUUUGGCCAUAUGCAGCAGAUGCCAAUAAAGCCGUGCUGUUAGGCGCAUAUAUGCUUAUAGCCAUUGCAUCCGCUGCUAUCGUUUACCCAUAUUUUCAGGACUUAUAUAAUGUAAAUUCAUCGUUGAAAAUAGCUCGACAAACAGAACACUUCACAAAUCAACGCAGUUCUUUGCUGAUAACCUUGACUGCAAUUGCAUUCUACGCAUUUUUAGUAAUCGUACUUUUCAUUGAAGGCAUUACCGAUCGGGUCGUCGGACAUCCAACACUUUUCGGUUAUCAUUUAUCAUUUCCUUACAUCAAUUAUCCCCUUGUAAUAUUUCUUCUUCAUUCAUUCAUUCUUCGCACACAUUACAACUAUCAACAGCUUUAUUUAAUAAAGAAUUGCAACCGACUGGUUCGAGCAGAUAUUGCAUUGUGCUUGAAUGGAGCUAUAUGUGCGCACAAUACAGCAAUCGAAACCGAAUGGGCUUUUCCACUUCUUGAUGGAGUCGCAAAAUAUUGGAUAAAAGAUGCUAAAAUGUUACCCAACUGUGGCAAUUUGAUUAUUUUCAAUUCUGUUGACGAAGCUGAACCAUGGCUUAAGGAAAAGCUGUAA